AUGAUGAAUAAUCUGAUGCACAUAUUGCUACUGUUGGUGAUAUCAGUUAAGGCUGCUCCGACUACUGCAAACACUUCUCCCGAACCAGAGUUUGAGACAACAUCCGAGCCUGAACCAGAAACAACAUCAGAACCUGAACCAGAAGCAACAUCCGAACCCGAACCGGAAACAACAUCCGAGCCUGAACCAGAGGUAACAUCCGAGCCUGAGCCAGAAGCAACAUCCGAGCCUGAACCAGAAGCAACAUCCGAACCCGAACCGGAAACAACAUCCGAGCCUGAACCAGAAGCAACAUCCGAACCUGAACCAGAAGCAACAUCUGAGCCUGAACCAGAAGCAACAUCCGAGCCUGAACCAGAAGCAACAUCCGAGCCUGAACCGGAAGCAACAUCCGAGCCUGAACCAGAAGCAACAUCCGAGCCUGAACCAGAAGCGACAUCCGAGCCUGAACCAGAAGCGACAUCUGAGCCUGAAUCAGAAGCGACAUCCGAGCCUGAACCAGAAGCAACAUCCGAACCUGAACCAGAAGCAACAUCUGAGCCUGAACCAGAAGCAACAUCCGAGCCUGAACCAGAAGCGACAUCUGAGCCUGAACCAGAAGCGACAUCCGAGCCUGAACCAGAAGCAACAUCCGAGCCUGAACCAGAAGCGACAUCUGAGCCUGAACCAGAAGCGACAUCCGAGCCUGAACCAGAAGCAACAUCCGAGUCUGAACCAGAAGCAACAUCCGAGCCUGAACCAGAAGCAACAUCUGAGCCUGAACCAGAAGCAACAUCCGAACCUGAACCAGAAGCAACAUCUGAGCCUGAACCAGAAGCAACAUCCGAGCCUGAACCAGAAGCAACAUCCGAGCCUGAACCGGAAGCAACAUCCGAGCCUGAACCAGAAGCAACAUCCGAGCCUGAACCAGAAGCGACAUCUGAGCCUGAACCAGAAGCGACAUCCGAGCCUGAACCGGAAGCAACAUCCGAGCCUGAACCAGAAGCAACAUCCGAGCCUGAACCGGAAGCAACAUCUGAGCCUGAACCAGAAGCGACAUCCGAGCCUGAACCAGAAGCAACAUCCGUGCCUGAGCCAGAAGCAACAGCCGAGUCUGAACCAGAGGUAACAUCCGAGCCUGAACCAGAAGCAACAUCCGAGCCUGAACCAGAAGCAACAUCUGAGCCUGAACCAGAAGCAACAUCCGAGCCUGAACCAGAAGCAACAUCCGAGCCUGAACCAGAAGCAACAUCUGAGCCUGAACCAGAAGCAACAUCCGAGCCUGAACCAGAAGCAACAUCCGAGCCUGAGCCAGAAGCAACAGCCGAGUCUGAACCAGAGGUAACAUCCGAGCCUGAACCAGAAGCAACAUCCGAGCCUGAACCAGAAGCAACAUCCGAGCCUGAACCAGAAGCAACAUCCGAGCCUGAACCAGAAGCAACAUCCGAGCCUGAACCAGAAGCAACAUCCGAGCCUGAACCAGAAGCAACAUCCGAGCCUGAACCAGAAGCAACAUCCGAGCCUGAACCAGAAGCAACAUUCGAGCCUGAACCAGAAGCAACAUCCGAGCCUGAACCAGAAGCGACAUCUGAGCCUGAACCAGAAGCGACAUCCGAGCCUGAACCAGAAGCAACAUCCGAGCCUGAACCAGAAGCGACAUCCGAGCCUGAACCAGAAGCAACAUCCGAGCCUGAACCAGAAGCAACAUCCGAGCCUGAACCAGAAGUAGCAUCUGAGCCUGAAUCAGAAGCAACAUCCGAACCUGAAUCUGAAGUAAUCCCCGAAUCUGAAUCGGAAGUUAUCCCCGAGACCGAGCCAGAAGUAAACUCUGAAACUGAGCCAGAAGUAGCAUCCGAACCCGAGUCAGAGGUGACACCUGAAACCGAACCAGAAGCAAACUCUGAGCCAGAAGUAAUAGCAGAACCUGAAGCAGCGUCGGAACCAGGGAUGACACCCGAGAGUGAACCUGGUGGGGAAUCUGGUUAUGCAGAACCUGAAGUAAGACCGGAGUAUUAUGAAAUCGUCCUACCACCUAUGGUUCUACUAUUGAUAAUUGUUUUAGGACUCAUAUUUUUAACCAUAGCAGGCCAGACGUCUGACUGGAGGAAGAAACAUAAUUUGACCAAAAAAUUGCUAUCCAGAUGUUUUCGUAAAUCACUUAGUAGAUCUUCGAGAAAAAUAGCAUCUACAGAAACUAUCGUCGAAACAAUUAGCAGUUUGGGGAUUGACGAACCCGACUAUGACGACAAUGAGCUACUCACUGAUUUUGACAAGGAAGUGCUAUCAAACACACAUCGCUUUCAGAACACACCAAAAGAUUUGCUUAAAAUAGCAACUCCCGCACUUUUAUCACUUGCGUUUUGCCCUCUGACCUUAUACCUUUACGAGCCUCUGGUUCUCCUUAUGUGGCCUCCGGAAAAUUUUAACGCUCCACCAAACAUCAACGAGGCGAUCGCAUGUUUCCUUGCACCUGCUGGCUUAGUAUACGCCACAUCAUUUGGAUUUGCAUUCCAACAAGCUCUUAACAAGCAGCAAGAAAUUCUACACAAGGUAACAUAUGAACUGGGACUACUGGACCAGAUUGUCACGCUUACGUCCAAAAUGUCUUUCCCGACGCUGAAACAUCGAAUGGAUAUCUACAAGGCAGUAAAAUCAGAAGCCAUAUUUAUGGUAUUGCAAGUCUCAAAUAGGGACACGACAUCCUUCAAACACCAACCUCCGGAAGAUGUUAAAGUACAAAUUUGGGAAAUUCUCGACACGCUCCGAGACGUCCAGUCCAAAUCUGGGUCCAAAGACAGUUUCAACUUGGACCGAAUAAUAGCUGACCACAUGGUGUCUCACAUCUUACAAUUGAACAGUAUAUGUUCGGAUAGGAUGGGGUCCAUGCACGCCAGAAUUCACCCUCUUAAAUGGGCCUUCCUCGAAACUCUUGGCUUCUUUUCAUUCUUUGGGAUCCUCCUCGUACAAGCAGAGUCGUACAGAGUUGAGCUGACGAUGUGUAUGAUCACAGUGUUCUCAAUCAGCCUCUUGUGUUACAUGGUGUCAGAUCUGGACAAUCCAUUCAGUGGUUUCUUCAGGAUAGAUCUAACGGUGUUACCUGAUGUUGUUCACAGGAUUCAAAAGACAUACGAGUCGGCCUCUAGAGGGGAACUCGUGCAAUAUGGUUACCCCGACAGUCGUUAAACAUUAAACUUGACACUUCUCUAUGCAUGACUAUUUGUAUACCCGUUUAAUUGAGCAUAUGCAUGACUGCCAUCCAAUUUAACAUUACACCUGACUUUUUAACACCAGACAUACAAAAGAUGAAUACUGACAAUGGUUUACUUUUAUUUACAGAUAUUACAGGGUGUCAGAUAAGUCCCAUUCCCCCUGCUACAGCUAAAAUAAAGUGUGAUAUGCCAUUGGAAAGAUCAUCCAAAGUUAUGUUAACUCACCAACUUUCAAGUAUUUUGGAUGGAAUUCACCUAUAUUUUCAUGAUUUCCUUUAUAGUUAGUGUACCCUAAGCAGCUUUCAUUGCGUCAAAAUGAGAAGGAUAUGACCUCAGAAAUACGUCAAAAAGUUAAUCCUUUUCGCAUUUCACUUAAAACAAAAAGGUUUUCACCAUUUUUCCUUGCACCUCUAUUUUUUACACAUCUAACCCUAUCCAGAACUUGGUUGAAUGCAUUGCCAUAUACAUAUGUAGUCAUCUUUAGGUCCUUUGACUUUU